AUGAUGUCCAUGGAGGAAAUCAGAGCACUUUUUGAUUAUGCAGAUACCGACAAAUCGGGAAAACUUUCCUCUAAAGAAGUUAAGAGGAUAUUAGAAUUAAAUUCUAAUCGCAAACUGUCAGAAAGUGUUGUACAAAAAUUUAUGGAAAAAUACGAUCAGGAUGGUGAUGAAGAGUGGAGCAUUGAUGAACUGGUCCAGUUUUUUUCCUCAUGA